AUGAUUGGAUCCCCCCAAGAUGGUGAGGAACGGUUUGGUGGAACAACUGAUCUCUUGCAAUAUAGGUCGGUCGUCUCCAUGUCCUUCACCCUGCGGCGGUGUUUUGCCCGGUCAGCGCUUCACAUCGCUGGCGCGCGGGACGCACUCGCACGCGAAACGCGAUGGCGGCAAGUGCUGGGAGGUGCCGCCGCCCGAGCUCGCAGCUCGUGGAAAAGAGCUCCAUCGACGGAGGUUAUGGAAGCCUCCUGCGGAUCAGCAGUGCUGGCAGCUGUGCUGCUGCCCAGUAUUGGCUGGUGGUAUCUCAGCAGGCGGCCAUCACCGAUGCCUUUGCCGAUGCCGCAAGCUCUUCAGGCCAGUGGCGCCCAAGUCCACUCAGCAUUGCAGCGCACACCGGACAUCGGCCCUCGCGGCAGCGGCUUGGUGGUGGUGGCUCCGGUGGAGGAGGGCGAAGCCCUGCUGAGAGUUCCGCAAUCCGCUGUUCUCUCCGGCAAGAUGGCGCAGCAGGUCUUGGGGGUGGACUUGGAGCCUGACCUGGCAUUGGUGGCGUUGCUGGCGGAGGCCCGGGCCAGAGCGGAAGAAGGCCAAGACAUCAUUGGACUGAAAGAGUAUUUGCUUUCUUUACCACGCCACUUCCACGGUUUGCCGUGGGUCUUUGAUGAUGAGGAAGCGGCCAGUGAGCUGCGAGGAACCGCGCUGCAGCCGUGCUUGCAGCUGUUGCAGGCCAAGGAGGAUGAGAAUCGACAGGUGCUGCAGGCGCGCCUUGGAGAGCGGCUCGCAACGGCAUGGAGCGCUGAACGCUUUCGCUGGGCCAAGGCGGUGGUGAUGACCAGGGCUGGCAUCCAUGAAGUGUCAGAGGAGCCAGAGCCCUCGGUGGCCAUCGUUCCUUUGAUCGACUUUGCCAACUGUGCCGAGGUGCCCAGCGCCUUCUGUCGCCUUCACAAGGGUUUCAUCGAGCUGGUGACGCGUCAAGCGUUGAAGGCGGGUGAUGAAGUCACCAUCAGCUAUGGCGAGCAGAGCCAGGAGCAGCAGCUCUUUACCUUUGGCUUCUUUUUGGAGUCCUCUCCGGUGGAGAUCAUGACGCCUCUGGCCAUGACAGUGCCAACGGAGGUGACCACUGCAGUGGAGCUGAGGAACGUUCUGCUGAGGCUUUUGUUCCUGGAGCGUCAGAAUGCCGAGGGCUCCAUGGCCGAUUUGCCGCCCUUCGCCAUGCUGCGAGCGCGGUCGUCGGGGCUGGACCUCUCAGAGCUCUACGGGGUGGCGACUCUGCAGGAGCUGCCGGAGAACCAGCUCCGUCAGGUAGCGGAUGAGGUCCGAAAGACAUCAAGGCUUGCCUUGCCACCGCCAUCGUCGGAGAGUUUGAAACGUUUGAAGGCGCUGCUCCAGGAGUGGCACGCCGAGCUCUCGGUGGAAGCGAGCUCCUCCCGGAGCGGCGAGAAGCCGGUGUUUCUGCGCGCGUAUCGCAAGAGAUGUGUGGAGUUGGUGGAGCAAGCGCUGAAGCAGUUGACCGAGAAGGUGCCGGCGAUCGAUCCUGUGUGA